UUACCGCCUUUAUCAAACGUCUGAUUGCGUCUUACCCUAAUAAAAUUUAUAAAAAUUUUAAAACCACUUCCAACUAGGAUGAGUACUAAACAAAAUGAAGUACAUAUUUUAUUCACGGGAUAUUCCAGACCAGAUAGUAAUGAUUCCAACGCCAUGCGCGCAAAUUGUACCUGUACUCUGAUACGCACACGCAAUGGACGCAACAUCAUCGUUGAUACCCUCACCGCUUGGGACGGAGAUCGUCUGUCAGAAGCUCUUCAAAACGUACAUGGACUUAAGACACAAGAUAUACAUGUAGUUGUUUGUACACAUGGUCAUUCUGAUCAUACAGGUUGUAACUACCUCUUUCGUGCGGCACAAUGGCACUUUAUGGGCGCAUGUGUUUCCAAUCGUGACAAAUAUUUAGAUUGUCCACUAACCCGUGGUGACUCGGAACCUUUUCAAUUGUGUGGUGAUGAUGUGGUUGUAGUACGAACCCCGGGUCAUACCCUCAACUGUGUAUCCGUGUUGGUACGAGACACUAAUCUGGGAGAAGUUGUUGGAGUUUGUGGAGAUUUAUUUGAACGUGUCGAGGAUAUAGCAGAUCCCACCAUUUGGCUGGAAGCAGGCAGUGAAAAUGCGGAAUCUCAGCGGAGUCAACGUUUGCGAAUGGUGGAUUUAUGCAAUUACAUCAUACCUGGUCAUGGUCAAGGAUUUGCCGUAACCGAAAAUAUGCGGGAAAAACUGCGACAACAAGUGAAUUCCAACAACGCGAAUAAUCAAUAACAUAAUGACAAGCACGAUUGAUGAUAGCAGUUGCGGAAUAAAAGCCGAUGCCAAAUAGUGUGUGUCGAAAACUCGCCUGCGUCAAAAAUUUGGAAAUAAUUUCAUUGAGGUUUUGUUACUCAUAAAUUACAUAUUCUUCAAAUUAGUAUAAUCUUGUCCCAAUUACCACAAUAUCCCAUUCCGAUUUCCCAUCGCUCGUCUUAUAAGAUAAAAAUCUUAUCAGACAUAAAAACCUCUGCCUGAAACUUACAUUAUUCCAUUCUCUGAAUGGGGCCUGCUACACCUUCAAUAUGUAUCGUGAUAUUUGGAUCGCGAUCUAUUUUGAAUAUUGAUGGAUUACUUCGCGACUGCUAGACGUUCAAUAUAUAUUACGUCAAUAUUUAUACGAUGUUGUUAGUGUUUUCAUAAGAAAAAAUAUUUAAAGAAUUUAUUUGUUUAUUUUUUCGUAAAUUUUUUCAUAAAAUUUCGGAAGAAAACCUAAGAAAAUCAUGUUUGGCUAUUGUUUUUGCUCCCACAGCAAUUCAUUAUUACUGUAUCCAAUAUUUGGACGUUAUCAAAAAACCUUUGGCAGAUGAGUUGCAUAGCUCUGGGAAAGAUUCUAUUUUAAACAGUAUAAUUCAUGUUCAUUUAUUAGAAUAAAGUUUAUUUUAAAAUUUUGGCACUGUUGUAUUUCACCAAUUCGGACUUGUAAAUCACAAAAUAUGCUACACAUUCAAUUUUUAUCUCGCGAUCCACGAUCCGCGAUCUGGAUUUCAAAAUAUUUAAAUAUUUUGUGAUAUGGAUCGUGAUCUAUCAAUAUUGCAUGCUAAACGUUCAAUAAAUAUCGCGAUACAGGAAAUAUCACGAUAAAUACUGAACGUGUAGCAGGCGCCAAUAAGUAAACCCUUUUAAAUGAAAGCCAAACGGUUAAAUUUUAAAAACAAAUCUGUCAUAUAUUUUCUCUUGCUUGGGUUUUCACCAUAUUUUUAUGUUUUCUUUUUAUAAAACAUUAUUAUAAUUUCUUAAUAUUUGUUCCAUUUAUAAAUAAAAUAAAAAAUACUAAUACUUAUGCCUGAACUAUGAAUUACAUUAAUUAUAUUUACCA